AACAACCCGGAGAGACACGGGAAGAAUGGGUGAUUUGGAUCAAAGAGAAGAUGGAGCAAGUACUAAGAGACGACGCCACAACUAGCUGGGACAAGCUUUGUAUCUACAGAGUUCCACUCUCCCUUCAAAAAAACGACAAGAAUUCCUACUUCCCUCAAACCGUCUCUCUUGGUCCGUACCACCAUGGGGACGAACAUCUUCGGCCCAUGGAUUAUCACAAAUGGCGUGCGGUCAAUAUGGUCAUGAAACGUACCAAGCAAGGCAUUGAAUUGUAUAUUGACGCCAUGAAAGAGCUCGAAGAGAGGGCUCGUUCUUGCUACGAAGGUCCUAUUGGUUUGAGCAGUAACAAGUUCACCCAAAUGCUUGUUCUUGAUGGUUGUUUUGUUCUCGAUCUCUUCAGAGGAGCCUAUGAAGGAUUCUUGAAACUUGGAUACGACCGAAACGAUCCCGUUUUCGCGAUGCGAGGAUCGAUGCAUUCGAUUCGACGUGACAUGCUAAUGCUGGAAAAUCAACUCCCUUUGUUUGUCUUAAACCGGUUAUUAGAGCUACAACUCGGUACACAAUACCAAACUGGUUUAGUGGCACAAUUAGCGGUUCGGUUCUUCAAUCCGUUGAUGCCAACCUAUAUGCCAUCAACCAAAAUUGACAACUCGCAAGAAAACAACAAUAAAUUCUUUAACCCAAUUGCUGACAAGGAGAAGGAAGAGUUGCACUGUCUAGAUGUUUUCCGUCGAAGUCUGCUCCAGCCUAGUCUGAAACCGGAACCGAGGUUAUCGCGAAGUAGAUGGUCCAGGAAACCACUCGUGGCUGACAAGCGCCAACAACAACUGCUACAUUGCGUGACAGAACUAAGAGAGGCCGGUAUAAAAUUCAAAAGAAGAAAAUCCGACCGGUUUUGGGAUAUUCAAUUCAAAAAUGGUUGUCUAGAGAUACCGAAACUACUUAUCCAUGAUGGUACCAAGUCUCUUUUCUCAAAUCUUAUAGCUUACGAGCAGUGCCAUAUCGAUUCUACCAACGAUAUAACAUCCUACAUAAUCUUCAUGGACAAUCUAAUAGAUUCUGCUGAAGAUAUUAGGUAUUUGCACUACUAUGAUAUCAUCGAGCACUGGUUAGGAAAUGAUUCGGAAGUUGCUGAUGUCUUCAACCGGCUAUGCCAAGAAGUGGCUUUCGACCUCGAAAAUACUUAUUUAUCUGAAUUGUCGAAUAAGGUAGACCGUUAUUAUAACCGAAAGUGGAAUGUUCUGAAGGCAACCUUGAAACACAAAUCUAUCAUUUUGUUUUUCUUUCUCAAAGUUAAACCAACAAAAAUGGUGCGCAUUCUCUCUUUUGCACCACCGCCUCCUCCACCACCACCACCAUCGUUUAGAUCAAUUCCUCGUCCACCACCUCCACCAUCGUUUAGAUCAAUUCCUCCUCGGCGUCAUUUCUUCAAAAGGAAAAGUAAAAGUCUACCACCACCACCACCACCACUACCGCCAGCGCGACCAUUUGGACCGAUUCUUCCUUGGCGGUAUUCUGUCAAAAGAAAAAGAAUUAAUAAUCGACCACAACCGUCUACGAUCCAGAAAGACAUGUUGACAUGGUACUUACUCACCCUCAUGAUGCGCCAAAAACUCCAUAACCGAAACAAACAACCCGAAGAGACACGAGAAGAAUGGGUGAUCUCAAUCAGAGACAAGAUGGAGCAAGCACUUAGAGAAGACGCUACAACUAGUUGGGACAAGCUAUGUAUCUACCGAGUUCCACAAUACCUUCAAGAAAACAACAAGAAGUCCUAUUUCCCUCAGACCGUCUCACUUGGUCCGUUUCACCAUGGCAACAAACAUCUCCUACCCAUGGACCGUCACAAGUGGCGUGCGGUCAAUAUGGUCAUGGCACGUACCAAACACGACAUUGAAACGUAUAUUGACGCCAUGAAAGAGCUCGAAGACAGAGCUCGUGCUUGCUACGAAGGUCCUAUAGAUUUGAGCAGCAACAAGUUCUGUGAAAUGUUGGUUCUUGAUGGUUGUUUCGUUCUCGAGCUCUUUAGAGGAGCCGAUGAAGGAUUCUCGGAACUCGGAUAUGAUCGUAACGAUCCAGUUUUCGCAAUGCGAGGAUCAAUGCAUUCGAUUCAACGUGACAUGGUAAUGCUUGAAAAUCAACUUCCUUUGUUCGUUCUCAACCGGUUAUUAGAAAUACAGCUUGGUCAACGGCACCAAACCGGUUUAGUGGCGCAAUUAGCAGUUCGGUUCUUUGAUCCACUAAUGCCAACCGAUGAGCCGUUGACCAAAAACGACAACUCGUUGGAAAGUGAUAAAUUCUUUAACCCGAUUGCCGAUAAGGACAAGGGCGAGUUGCAUUGUCUAGAUGUUUUCCGUCGAAAUCUUCUUCGGCCUUGUUCGAAACCGGAGCCGAGGUUAUCACGAAGGAGAUGGUCGUGGAAAACUCGUGUGGCGGAUAAGCGCCAACAACAACUGAUACAUUGCGUGACCGAACUUAGAGAAGCCGGUAUUAAGUUCAGAAGGAGGAAAACCGACCGGUUUUGGGAUAUUAGGUUCGAAAACGGUUAUCUCGAGAUACCAAAACUGUUAAUCCAUGACGGUAAAUGACUUCACAUCUUCGUAUAAAUGCUAUUUUAAGAU